CUUUUACCUCUACUUAUUCCCUUAUUGCGGAUUUACCGUUAUAGAACAAGCAAUUUGCUUAGUAUUUGCUGAUAUAUCAGGAAACAUUCAACACGUGGACUCAUACCGGAGAAUACCAUACACACAUCCUUCUGCCAAGCCCUAGAAGAUGGUAUCACCCACUAUAAAGACCGAACUCACGGAAAGUUUCCGACUGGAUAUUCACGGAUUCAAGCCCAAGGACUUGAAAUCCGCCCCACAAUACCAGCGCACCCAUGAGCCAAAGAAGCGCAUUAUUCCCGACGAAAACCGAAAGCGCGGGCUCUACAGCUGUGACCGAUGCAAGCUCCGUAAAACCAAGUGCAAACGUGUGGAAGCAAGGGCGUCCAGUACUGAGAUUCUCAAGUACGAUGACACUACGCCGUGCGUGCAGUGCUCCAAAGCGGGCGUGCCGUGUUCGACCACCAUUCCGCGGAAGAAGCGCGUCCCCGAGCACCACCAUCUCUCCAACCAGGAAAACCUCGGCUACCAUUAUAAAACGCUUCACGCCAUCAUGUCGCACCUCUACCCCUACAAAGACAUUGACGACAUCAACACGAUCGUUGAGCUCGGCGAGCUGCUCGGCGUGAACAUGCCGCGGCUAGAGGACGAAACGCCUGGCGCAAGACGUACAGGAGAGCUGCUGAGCGUGGAAAGAGACGACUUGGGGUCACAGAAGCUGAAGCUAGAAAAGGGACCCCCAGGGCAGGAAAAAUAUCAGAGCUUGAUGUAUGAUAUGGACGGAAACCAGCACUACAUUGGCCCUGGAGGCACCGGAUCGGUCCUCAGAGGACUCAUCGACAUCAUCCAAACACGUUCGCCCCACAAGCGGCCGGCAUCAUCUGCAAUCAACUUCUACAACAGCUCCCAAACGCCGCUCUCUACAGCCCUGACGCCCAGAGACCCCCAGCUGGUAUUCCAUCAGGGGUACACUCCCUCUCCCCCAGGAUUGGAUGUACUUCUUCUUGAACGCUUUCCGCUUGUGAACUUACUUAGUCGAUCAGAGUACGAGCACUACUUCCAGGUGUUUGUGGACAAAGUCUUGCCCUUUUACUACAUCUUCCGCCUUCAGCAUAUCCAGGACUUAUUCACGCGUUUAAUGAACGAGCUCUUCGACCAUAAUUCCGGACCCGUGCCUCUCACCAACCUUCAGAUCUGCGUUAUCUAUAUUAUUUUUCUCUUUGCCAGAAAAUUUGAGGAACAGCCGUUUCCAAAUAGUAAGUUUACGAUGGAAGUGGCUGAGAAGUACAUGCAAAUCAUCCGGCUCUUUCUCUCAGACUAUAUCAUGACCCCAUCCAUCGGUGGCAUCAAGCUUCUCUUCAUGGUGGCAGCGUACCUAAACACCGAUCCCACCCGGGAAUCCGCCUAUAUUUUGACAAACAUCACUUACGUGCAGGCCCGUUCUCUCGGACUCCACCGCGAGUCUAUCAUUCUGCGGUUCGACACAGAGGAAAAGAAAGACGACUGCCGCAUGUUGUUCUGGACAAUUUUCAAAUCGUGCGAGACUAUGGCGGUGGCAUUUGGUCGCAGCUCGUUCAUUCACUGUGAAGACAACGAGAUUGAUGUGUCGCAACCUCUGUUCGAGUAUUCUGCGUUGUGCAAGGACGAAAGCUACAAGGCUUUUUUGAAGGAGGAGCUCGCCUUAGGACCGCUCCUCAACGGCAUCCUACACAACCGAAAGCUUCUUGUGGAUAAUAGCAUUCUCUCGCUUGUGAAUAUAGAGCGGAAUUUAGCUAUGACCCAGAAACUCUUGCGGUUCAGAGAGUCCUGGCCACCAACGCUACUCGCAUACGACCAGGACUUCCCUAUCAAGCGGUACAAGCUCAAGUUGCACAACGUGUUGCAGCAUCAUAUGUCCAUGGUAACCCUCCCGUUCAUCUUGGAGACGGUCAACACGAACGUCAGGCUCUCGGCCGAGGAUCCAUUGUUCCAGAUUCUUAACAGCGGGAUUAGCUGUGCCAUCCGCACGUCAAAGGUGUUCUGGUUUGCCCACAGAAACGAGUUGUUGAACGCCAGCGUGUACCAUGACCGACUCUAUGGUUACACAGCGACCCUUGUCUUGGUGCUCACGUUUAUUUUAAUGACGUCUUACUUCAAACACCAUCAUAAUUACGACGAUGUAGUUGAUGCAAUUGAAUUCACACCGUUUGAGCUAUUCCAGGCGAUCAAACGGUUGAAGGAGGGGUUAGAGUCCAUGCACUGGUCGCCUACAUUGGCCCGAAUCUCUGUCGUGACCGCGAACUUGUUUGGUGACUUGAAUAUCAUGGAGGAGUUGCAGCGCUUGGUGGAUGCGGGGGAUCCUCGUGGAUGGAAAGCGUUGCCGGAAUUGCAAAAAAACAGACAGCCAGUGUCUCCGUUUACGUGUGCGACCCAGGAACAAACUCCUAAUGGUAUUGCGUUGCCUGCACCGCCCCUUGAGGCCCCAGGGAGUUCCCAAAUCAAUGUACCGGAGCAUAUAAACUUUUUCGGACCUUCUGCAGAGUAUCCAGCCUUGGUGCCGACGCCGGUGAUCGAUGAUGAGUUGAUUGAUUUGUUGUUUGGGGAUAACAUCUUGACCGGGACGAACAGCACGUCGUUUAACUUAGGCGGGUUGUUUAACGACUAUAAUUAUGAGUAGAGAGUGCUGAUAAUGGUGUUUCAGGAGCACUAUUGAUUCCUAGAUACCCCUUCUCAGGGUAGAAUAGCUGAGUGCGCAGUUACUCCAUUUCACUGCAAGGGUAUGGCGUCAGCUUUCUGUGGGAUGUAUAGCAAGUGACGGACGGAGUCAUCUUGGAGACAGCAGCCAGCUCUUUGUUUCCAUCUACUCUAUGCCAUUUUUAGCAAAUAUGACAGGAAAAAAAAACGUGUAAGUGAUAAGACCAC